AUAAUGAUUUUAUAGUUUAACAAACUUAUUAUUUAUACUAUUUCAAAUAUUUAUUACUAUGUCAAAUGUUAAUUUUUAAUUUAAAAACAUUAUGAAAUCUAACAAAAAUACUGGAACUGGUUCAUUAUGGGGGGAAUUGCCAGCGAGAGAAACUCUAAAACAAGAAGUAAUAACACCAGAUAUAAUAGAAAAUGUUUGGAGACAAGUUAUGGAAGAGUCCAACAAUACAGAUUGUGAUUUUCAAAUGGACAAACAACCUGAAUAUAUACAAUUGCCUAUGGGAAAUCUUCAUGUCUUAAAUACUAUAAAUCUUCAUCAACAAUUAAGAAUGAUGGAAGAAGGAAUGGUAUUGGGAAAUAUGACAACAAUUGACACAAAUGAUCUACAAGAAGGGAAAGAAACACAAAAUUCAUUUAAUUUUUUAUCUAUGCAAAAAAAGAGAAGCAUAUUCAAGGACUCCUCUACAAUACACUAUCUCACACCAGAAACAGCACGUUCUAUAUUAAGACAUGCAGUCAUUAUUCUUUUAGCUCACAUUGGAUUUGAAAAAUCAUCAGAUAUUGCUAUAGAAACGCUUACAGAUAUUGCUGAUCACUUUAUAAAACGAAUGACACUUUUAAUAAAAGUUGCAUACGAACAGAAGGACCAUGGUUUUCCUGACAUUGUAGAAAGGGUUUUGCUGGAAACAGGUGUUGGUAGUGUAUCUACUCUUCAUGAUUAUUAUCAAGAGUAUGUGUUAAAAUUUGAAGCAAACAUGAAGAAGAAAGUAGAAGCAAUGAUGGAAAAACAGAGGCAACUUGAACUUAAUGCUUGUAGUUCUAAAAUGGUUUUAGAUGAAGCAGCAAACAAACUACAAUUUGAAGAACUUGACGAAUUUGGUAACGUGUAUCGAGAAGUUCCAACUCUCCAAUUGUUAGAUCCUGAAAUGGGCUUUCCCCCUAGUUUAGAUGCUGGUUUUCAAAUGUUAUAUAGCCUUGAACAGGAUGAAUUGAAUAACUUAGAAGUAGAAGAAGAAGAGGUGAACGUGAGUGAUUCCCCGAGUGUUGGACAACGAUCUGAUACAUCGACCGAUAAAAAGAAGUCCUGAUAUACUUAAUAAUUAUAUUUAUCUUUAUGUUUACUUCCUGUAAGAUAAAACUUUAUAAUAAAGUCUUAAUAGCAUUAAUAUUUUUUAAA